AUGGAGUCGUUGGAGAUCCAGGCCAAGGAUUUCUUGGUGAAAUGGGUCACCGCACAUGAACACAGUUCUAUGGUCUGGCAAAUCAAGCCGUUGAAGCGGUCGGUGAAUUUUGCGAUCUACCGCAAGAAAGACGUCCCUGCCGCCGAAAACGGCGGUGAUUCAGGUGCAAUUGGCGCCGAGAACAGCCGUCUGAACACAAACCUAAGCUCCUCCGUCAACGGGUCCCAAACGACCCUCGACACGCCGCCCUCCACGCCGCUGGAGCUGCCGCUCCGCGAGAGGCUGAGUCUGAUUUGGCUGAAAUCGAUGAGGAUGCGUCUGGGCCUGGUGACUUCGGUCAACAAUAUCACAGAAAGGAGAGGGUCUAUCAAGCUUAAGAGUCGACUGCUGACGUUGAAUACGAGCUUGACCAACCCAGACUUGGUCCUCGUUAAGGAUUACCAUAAGUUGGUGCCGGGAGAGUUGGUGAAGGGUCAGAUAGACACUGACCAGGGGGGUACUUUUGCAUUCAUUGUAGAUAAUACGUUUUCUAAGACUAUCGGAAAAACCGUGCUUUUCUCGUCCAAUGUGGUGGCCAACGCCAAUGCGGCCGCUUCGGCAGCCGACGACCAGCUGCCGGAAUCGAAGUUGUAUCGCUUCCAGUCGGUCAAUCCAGUAGAGGUGGCAGAGGUUGCUGAUGUGGCCGAGGCGGAUAAUCUUCCUACCGAACAGCUGCGCAGUAUCUUGCGUCCACGGAGUGGUGACUUGAUGCAGGGAACGCUUUUGAAGAAGCGCCGGAAGAAGCUUCAGGGCUUCACCAAGAGAUUCUUCACUUUGAACUUCAAGCAUGGUACGCUCUCCUACUUCAAAUUGAAUGACAAUAAGCUUCGUGGCCAGAUGCCCAUUGUCGAAUCGAUUGUUAGCGCUAACGAAAAGACGCGCGAGAUCUUCAUUGAUUCGGGAAUGGAGGUGUGGACUUUGAAAGCGCCUAGCAAGUCUGACUUUCAGGUGUGGGUUGAAGCUUUCAAUCUGUUGAAAAAGCGGUCUAUGAAUUCUUCAAGACCCGAUGAGGGCUUAGGGAGCGAUCCUGCUGCUCAGGCUACGGCUUUGCAAUCGUUGAGAGGGUUGCACCUGGAAUUCGCCGACAUAUUGGAGGAUUUCUCUGCCACGGACAAAGACGUUUUACAAUCACAGCUUUACUCUCUCCUCACGCGGUUCUCCAAUAUACUCAAGAUCAAGGGGUCUGACGCCGCUUCUCUCUUCUCAGAUGGCGAGUUCUACGAUGCCCAGGACGACUUGGAUGACCAUGGUUCUGGAGUUGUUUUAGUCUCUGACACUACCAAAAAGAACACCGGUGAUUCUGAUGAUGAGGAUGUCGAUACCAGACUGUCUUCAGACCUGGAUUCAGACUAUGAUGACGCCGAUAGGCCUGAAGCUGCAGUGCCUACGACUCUCAAAACCUCUAGUGGUACUGGAGUUGUUGACCUCAGCCCUUUGCCUAUUGAUACGCCCGUCAACAGACCAUGUGACAUUCCAGUGUUCACUCAUGACCCACCAAGUUUCUUGUCGUUUGUGCGUAAAAAUGUGGGAAAAGAUCUUUCCACUUUGUCUAUGCCAGUUGAUAUGAAUGAGCCCAUUACGAUUCUUCAGAAGUAUGCCGAAAUCAUGGAGUACUCGGAAAUGAUCGACAAUGCUUUGCAAGGUACGUAUCCUGCAGAGUCAGGCGAGAUGAUACUCCGUAUUGCAGCAUUCUCGGUGACUUACCUCUCUGCUAUGAGAGUGAAACUUAGAGUGGGCAGAAAACCAUUCAAUCCUCUUCUUGGAGAGACUUUUGAGCUUGUGAGGGAAGACAAGGGCUUCCGUUAUUUGUGUGAGAAGGUGAAUCACAAACCACCAGUGUUUGCCGUUCAUGUCGAGUCACCAGACUGGAUAUUCUCUUUCAGCCCGGCCCCAUCUCAGAAAUUCUGGGGUAAAACAUCCGAGAUCUACACCGCUGGAACCGCCAAGCUCACAAUCCGUGCCACACAAGAGACGUUUACAUGGGAGCAACCAACUUGUGUUGUCAAGAACAUCAUUGCAGGUGAGAAAUACACUGAGCCAUGCUCGCCAAUCACUGUGAAAUCCAGCAGCGGCUACAGAGCUGUCGUUGAAUUCGCUAAGGGAGGAAUGUUCAGUGGCCGCUCCGAGGACUUGGAAAUCAAAGCAUUUGACUCUUCCAAGAAGCAGCUCAGUUACACCGUGGUGGGCAAAUGGACAGAGCUGAUGACUUUGAAAACACACACGGUCGAAAAGGAAAUUUGGACUGCUGGAGCUUUGUUGCCUAACUUUGAGAAGAAGUUCGGCUUCCCAGAGUUCACAGGAACUUUGAACAAGAUUACCAGUAUUGAGCAAGACAAGUUGCCAGCAACGGACUCUAGAUUCAGACCCGACAUGAAGGUUUACUCUAACGGGGAGAUUGAAAACGCCGAGUCGCUUAAACAGCAGUUGGAAGAGGGCCAGAGAGCACGCCGUAAGGCGCAAGAAGAAUCAGGCACUCCUUAUGUGCCACGCUACUUUACUCAUGUUGGCGGUUCGCCAGACGACCCAUGUUCAGGCCAUUGGGAGUAUAUAGAGGGAAAAGACAGCUACUGGGAGCGGCGCAGGGCCCAAAAUUGGGAUGAGAGCCAUCGUUUGUGGUAA